AAAGCAAAAACUAGCUAUAGCACACACAGAGACAAUCUCAAAACAUUCUUUCUCGCACUAACUCUACCACACCUUCGGACAAACAAAGCUGCCUAAUCUCUCUCUCUCUCUCUCUCUCUCUCUCUCUCUCUCUCUCUCUCUGAAGUCAUCACUUGUCUUUCUUUGCCUUACCCUUUUUCUCUUCAUCUUCUUAAUUCAUGGAUACUACAGCUCAAUGGCAACAUGAGGAAAGUGGAUUUGUUGGUAUGGGAGAAUUAAUGGGAUCAAAUAUGAACAACAACAACAACAAGAAUAGUAAUAUUGAUAAUGGAUCAUCAGGAGAUCAGAAAAGAUCAAGGCCUCAAGAACAGCUAAACUGUCCAAGGUGCAAUUCAACCAACACAAAAUUCUGUUACUACAACAACUACAGCCUCACUCAACCAAGAUACUUCUGCAAGACAUGUCGAAGGUACUGGACUGAAGGUGGUACUCUAAGAAACGUUCCAGUAGGAGGUGGUUCUAGGAAGAACAAGAAACCUAGUACUACAAACACUACAAACACUACUACCUCCAACAAUAUUAAUAAUGAUCAUAUGAUGAUGAUCAACACUGCUACUAUUAAUCUCACCCCACAAAACUUAAUGUUGUCAUCAUCCUAUAAUAAUAGUAAUAAUAAUAAUCAUCAUGAUCAAGCAGGUACUGGCCAAGAUCUUAAUCUCGGUUUCCAAUCUAAUAAGGUUCAUCCUCCUCCUUCUUCUUUGGGUGUAAAUGGUAGUAGUACUAGGCAGCUACUGAUGUACCCAUCUGGCUUUCCUUUUCAAGAUCAUGAGUAUAAGUCUAGUAAUAACCUUGGUUUCUGUGGUAGUAGUAGUAAUAAUGUUCUUGAUCAUCAUGGACUUGGGCUUGGGAAUAGGUAUAGUACUACUACUACUACUGGUCAUAGUUAUAAUGGGAUGGUUCAAGAUCAUGAUCAAAAUCAUGAAAAUAAUGGUGGGACUAUCUUAUUUCCCUUUGGGGACUUGAAACAAACAGUUUCAAGCAAUGGUACUACUGCUGCUGAUGAAGUUAAUAUUAUUCAUGAUCAUCAUCAUCAUCAUCAUCACCAGAUUAAAGGGCAAGGAAACCCAACUGGGUAUUGGACUGGCUUAUUAGGAGGAGGUGGUGGUGGUGGAGGAGGAGGAUCAUGGUAAAAGAUCAAUCUAUAUAUAUAAUAUUUGCUAUAUUUAUAUAUAUAAUUAGAUAGAAAGGUUUUCAUUUUUCUUGGGCUUUUGGGGUUUGAUCUUCUUCUCCUUUUUCUUUGAAUAGAGUUAAAGUUUGCUACUUAUUGCUUUGAGUUUCUCAGUAGUACUUUUACUGACAUGAGAGAUAAUUAAUUAGGCUGAAAAAAAAAAAAAUGAAAAAGAAAAAAAAGGAAGUUUCUAAUUUGGUAUGUAGUAAUCUCUCUUUCAUGAGUCCUAUAAACUCAUUUUCUGGCUCAUGUAAUAUUACUUUAUGAGUAUAGAUCAUAUGGUUUUUGUUAAUAUAGAUCAACUUGUGUAGAGAGAGAGAUAUUACUCCAUAUCAAAAGAGAGUAAAUUAAUUAUAAGGCCACCGGGUUUUCAUGUAAUUAGGAUCUUUUAUGUAUAUUUUAUUUUUUCUAUUAAGAAAUGAAGCACAAUAUUGAGUAUUA